CUGCCGCCUCGUUUUCUGCUCACAGUGUCGAAGUUCCAUCGUAGCUCCUCCGUCCACAUUCUCUGAUCAAUCGAUCAUGGCGCUUCUUCAACAAAUCUCCGGUUUCGGAGCUCUCGAACGAUCUUCUCCGUCGCUUUUGAUCGGAUCCGGGAACGGGAACGGCCGCGUAUACGGCGGGAGAGGAAAGGUCGGGUUCAGCAGGCGAAAACUCGUUCUCAAGGUUGUUGCGAUGUCGUCUUCGUCUACGUUCAAGAUGAAUCUGAAUGAGUAUAUGGUCACGCUCGAGAAGCCCCUCGGGAUUCGAUUCGCGUUGUCAGCAGAUGGCAAGAUCUUCGUCCACGCCAUCAAAAAAGGGAGUAAUGCGGAGAAGGCGAGGAUCAUCAUGGUUGGAGAUACUCUUAAGAAGGCUAGCGACUCUUCUUCGGGUGGUUCUCUUGUCGAAAUCAAUGAUUUUGGUGAUACCGAGAAGAUGCUGGUAGAGAGAAGUGGAUCCUUCAGCCUUGUUCUUGAAAGACCGUUCUCCCCGUUUCCUAUUCAGUACCUUGUUCACCUGAGCGACCUUGAUUUGCUCUAUAACAGAGGACGCGUCUCCUUUGUUACUUGGAACCAGAAUCUUUUAUCAUCCAAUCUCAGAGCAGCAUCCCAGGGAAGUGGCAACUCUGGCUAUGCUGCUUUUUCCUCCAAAUUCUUCACUCCCCAUGGAUGGAAACUUUUGACCAAAAAUAGCAAUUCCUUUCAAUCAGGAGGGACGCACAAGAACAUUCUUUCUCCACCUAUCAGUCCAAUUGUCUGCGUCUUUUCAGAACAAGACUCUGGUGAUGGGGAGUGGGGUUAUGGUAAUUUCCCUCUAGAGGAAUACAUCAAAGCCCUUGACCGAUCCAAAGGAGAGCUUCGUUAUAACCAUGCUCUUGGAAUGCGUUACAGUAAGAUUACAGAGCAGAUAUAUGUUGGCUCAUGUAUACAAACAGAAGAUGAUGUAGAAAAUUUGUCUGACGCAGGAAUUACUGCUAUACUGAACUUCCAAGGUGGAACUGAAGCUCAAAACUGGGGAAUUGAUUCAAAUAAAAUCAACGAUGCAUGCCAGAAAUCUGAAGUCUUAAUGAUCAACUAUCCUAUUAAGGAUGCAGAUUCCUUUGAUCUGAGGAAGAAACUACCACUUUGUGUUGGGCUUUUACUACGAUUACUUAAAAAGAACCAUCGUGUGUUUGUAACUUGUACCACUGGUUUUGACCGGUCGCCAGCUUGUGUGAUUGCUUAUCUACACUGGAUGACAGAUACCUCUCUUCAUGCUGCUUAUAGUUUCGUUACAGGAUUGCACGCUUGCAAACCUGACAGACCUGCAAUUGCUUGGGCAACAUGGGAUCUAAUUGCAAUGGUGGACGAUGGCAAACAUGAUGAACCUCCAACACACGCUGUGACCUUUGUGUGGAAUGGACAUGAGGGGGAGGAUGUAUUGUUGGUUGGAGAUUUCACUGGAAAUUGGAAAGAACCGAUAAAGGCAACGCACAAGGGCGGUCCACGUUUUGAAACAGAAGUUAGGCUUUCACAGGGAAAAUACUAUUACAAGUAUAUAAUCAACGGUGAUUGGAGGCAUUCAACAACUUCACCAACGGAAAGGGAUGAUCGAGGAAACACUAACAAUAUAAUAGUGGUUGGAGAUGUUGCUAACGUCAGGCCUACUAUUCAACAGCCAAGAAAGGAUGCAAAUAUCAUAAAAGUGAUAGAGAGAGUGCUGACAGAGAGCGAAAGGUUCAGGUUGGCAAAAGCAGCUCGGUGUAUUGCAUUCUCGGUCUGUCCAAUUAGACUCUGCCCAAAAUAGUUUUAUCUUUUGCUGUUUAUUAAUGGGGCAUAAACCAAAUAUUACUUCAACAAUGAAGGAAAAUACAUAGUAAACACAUUAUAAAAUGAGUUAUUUGAUUAUUCAGAGAAAAAUUAAUUAACAAGAAUGUAGAAAAUUAUCUAUUCUAUUAAAAGAGAAUCACUCUGAAAAAAUCUACUUAUACAAGGUUGUUUGGACUAUUUCGUAAGAGUUAAUAAUUUCAUGGUCCUACUUAAAUUUCUCCUAACAAUAUAUUUUCAUAAAUUUCUCUGAUUUUUUUAGAUAUUAUAAGUGUGUCACUCCUAUAUUUAUGGUAACUACUAUAUUACCUUCUAUAAAUCUCACCUUUUGAUUAUAAAUUUCUCCAUUUAGUUAUUGAUAUUCCAUAUACGAUUUACUAAUCAACAUUUUUUUGAUGCAAUAAUAUAUAAACUCGUGGGUCCAUAGACUAAUCUAUUAUGUAUGUGACCAUAUAUAUAUUAUAUAAUAUUUAUUUUAAUUCUUAAAUUCAUAUCUAUAUAAAACGAAUGGUAUGAUGCAUAUAUAUCACCAUUAAAUAAUACAUGUCAUUUGAAUUAAAAUAGUCUGGUAAGUAAUACAUGUAUUUUUAAAAAAUGAGUUAAUGAAGUAUGAUAAAUAAUUAUCACAAAAUCAUGUUUUACUAUAUAACCGAUCAAACUUAGUAGUAUAUUAUAUUAUUUUCAGUUCAUAAAAGACGAUAUUAACAUAUAAGUACUGAACAAAUUUGAAAAAAUGCAUAUGAAGUUAGUUAAAAAUUAUCCUCGAGCCAACUUAUUUAAUUGAGUUUUUACUAUAAUUCAGAUAUAACCACUUAAACUAUAUUAUGAAAAAUUAAAAAAUACAAAUAAUUAAGAAAAUAUUGCUCCAUAUUCUCUCUUUUUUUUUAUAAAAAAAUAAGUUGACUUGAUUUUUACUUAUGAAGCACAAUUACUAAAAUCCAAAAUAAUGAUUAGAAUUUUUUUUUUUGGGCAACAAAUAAUGUUUAGUAUAAAAGAUGCUCAAAUACAAGUCCACUUCUGUAAUUCAGUUUAAAUAACAAAAUAAAUUUACAAAUAUAAUUAGGUCCAAAAUUAAUAUUUAUAUUAUUUAAGUUUUAAGCUUGCAGGUUUCCGCGGGUUAUUCAAUCAUAUAUUAUAUACUAAACACAUUGAGAUUGGUAUAAACUCUUCACUUAGUUUGGAAUAUCUAAGUUAAACAAGAUUUUUCUCUUUUGAAAAAGUAUUAACCCCGUGUUUCAAAGCUUGAUUCAAAAGUUUGAAUUGAGUUUUGAAAAAAUAUCAUCCAAUUUAUAUAGGAUUUUAUCGGGUCAACCAAUAUUGGAUAGCGGGUUAAUGAUAGUUUUUACGUUUUUACCGAUUUUUAUCAAAUUUUUAUAUAUAAGGUUUUAACAAAAUUCAGACCAGAUUUAUAUGAAUCAUCUGAUUUACUUCUGAGACUGUAGAUUUGGUUCGGGUAUGAAAACACUACUAAAACUAUUUUUUGUUCUACACAAUAUAUACUACUAGAUUAGUCCAAAAUCUGCCAAGUAAAUUUUUUGUCUCAUCAACUCAACAAAUAUAACUCUUACAAAAUACACACAAAAUGCAACGAUGACGUUGUAACAUAAGAAUACACAUAUAAAAUCUAAAAUAAACUAUUUGAUCAAUUAUAUAAUUUUAAACUAAAAUUCUUUUACUUUUUCGAUAUAAUAACACUUUAUAACUUAAUAAUAUACUUCAAAACAUCAAAAUCAAAAUAAUAAUUCCUAUCAAACAAUAUUCUUAAUCGGAAAAAAAAUCCGCGAUUUUGAAGCGCGGAUCAAAAUCUAGUUCUCCAAUUAUAAUCAUACUGCGUGCGUGUGUUAUCGACUGAAACAAAAUAAAUAUAAAACAUUUAGAACGGGCCAUGAACUGAAGUUGCAUUGGACCCAGAAAAAAGCGCAAAGGAGAAGGAUGCGGCCCGUUUAGAUUAGGGUGGAUGAUUUGUUUAUAAAUAUAAACCUAAGGGGACGUGCUCAUCAUCCUCCUCUGCUACACUUGUUUACUCCUGAGCGGCACUCGGAAUCAGUCAGGAAACUCUUUGCUUUGCUUGCUAUGGCUCGUCGUGAGGAUCGUUCUCAUCCCAAGCCUCAGGACUCAUGUACCAUCGAGUUUGACGGUGCUUCCAGAGGAAACCCUGGAAGAGCUGGUGCAGGAGCCGUUCUCCGUGCUCCAGAUAAUACUGUGCUCUUCCGUUCUCGCGAGGGUUUAGGCUCUGCUACAAACAACGUUGCUGAGUAUCGAGCUCUCAAUCUUGGCCUCGAGACGGCUCUUAACAACGGCUUUCGAAAUGUGCGCGUCCAGGGUGAUUCACAGCUUGUUUGUAAACAGGAAUUCAAUUCAGAGGCUGAUGCUCAAGCUAGCCGUGCGACCAAUCUGGCAGAGGGUGAAUAUCAAGAAGAUAUUGCAGGCCGCGGCUAUGGAAGAAGGGGAUACUAAUAUCCAAGUGGAGUAAUAUGCUUAUUCCUGUUUUCUUGUUUUUGGGAAUCAUGUCUUUUAGCAUGUUAUGUGUUAACAUGAUGAUGAACAUGCUCUUCUCUCGCUCUCUCUCUUUUGCUCUGUCUCACGGCAUGUUGACUUUCCCAAUAAAAUGAUAAUUUGUGGGAUUAUGAGAGCUUCUAAGUGUUUUAACCGUGAUGAAGCACACGGUUAAGAGAAUGAGAGGAUUUGUGAGAUUGAGAGAAUGAAAGAAAUGUUUGUAUUGAA